CUACAGAGGAGGGGCCAUACACUUCAGCCAACCUCAGGAGAAAAUGUCUGGAAUCCGUUUCCGCUUUAGGGAGUGGACGGUGAUUUUUUUUUCUACUUCACUUUCCAACCAACUUUAAUUUCCACGACAACUCAGACAGUUUGUGCUAACUGUAGGGGAUUGAAUUAACGUUACGACGAUGGCUUCUUCGCCUCAGAAGUCCCCGUCUUCUCCGAAAUCUCCGUCGCCCAAAUCUCCGACGCCGAAAUCCCCAUCUUCCAGAAAGAAAGACGACUCUUUCCUGGGAAAACUUGGUGGAACUUUGGCAAGAAGGAAAAAGGCUAAAGAAGUGUCUGAGCUUCAGGAAGAGGGGAUAAAUGCCAUCAACCUUCCUCUCAGCCCUUCCCACUAUGAGCUGGACCCUGAGGACACCAUGCUAGAGGAGAAUGAAGUACGCACCAUGGUGGACCCCAACUCCAAGAAUGACCGCAAACUGCAGGAGCUCAUGAAGGUGUUGAUCGACUGGAUAAAUGAUGUUCUGGUGGGGGAAAGGAUCAUUGUGAAGGAUCUGGCUGAAGAUCUGUAUGAUGGACAGGUCCUACAGAAACUAUUCGAAAAGCUGGAAGGUGAGAAACUGAACGUGGCAGAGGUGACUCAGUCGGAGAUUGCCCAGAAACAGAAGCUGCAGACAGUUUUAGAGCGCAUCAAUGACUCGCUCAAACUCUCCACCAGGAACAUUCGCUGGAAUGUUGACUCGGUUCAUGCUAAGAGUAUAGUUGCCAUCCUGCACCUGCUGGUGGCGCUGUCGCAACACUUCAGAGCACCAAUCAGAUUGCCAGACCACGUUUCUAUUCAAAUAGUGGUCGUUCAGAAAAGAGAGGGCAUUCUUCAGUCCAGACAAAUCCAAGAGGAAAUCACUGGCAACACAGAGGCUUUCUCUGGCAGACAUGAGCGCGACGCUUUCGACACCCUGUUUGACCAUGCUCCAGAUAAACUGAAUGUUGUCAAGAAGACAUUGAUCACAUUUGUGAACAAACACCUCAACAAGCUCAACCUAGAGGUGUCUGAAUUGGACACACAGUUUGCAGACGGUGUUUAUCUGGUAUUGCUGAUGGGGCUGCUGGAGGGAUACUUUGUGCCGCUCUACAACUUUUUCCUCACACCAGAGAAUUUUGACCAAAAGGUCCACAACGUGUCCUUCUCCUUUGAACUAAUGCAGGACGGAGGUCUGGAGAGACCAAAGCCCCGACCAGAGGAUAUAGUGAACUGUGACCUUAAAUCGACACUGCGCGUCCUCUACAACCUCUUCACCAGGUACAGGAACGUAGACUAAGCUGGGGACAAGAGGGAACACUUAAACCAUGGACCACAUGUUAUAGUUCAAUAUGUUUUUCCUUCUUUUUGUUGUAAAAGUCUGUUUUAUUCUGAAGGCAUGUCACAUUUUGUCCCUGUUGGAUAAUGUACCACACACAAAUCUGUAUUUUUUUUUUUUUCUUCAAAUUCCUGCAGAGACAUUUGGCUUGUGUGCCACUACAUUUUUUUGUAUUAAAAAUGUUGCAUUGCUAUACAGUCCUACGGACAUCUAUGAGAUGUUGAAGUUUAGAUAAAGUGGGAAUUUUGGUAUUAAUCAGCCUGGACCCUAUUUUCCCAUGCAUUUGUGUCAAAGUGACUAAUAUAAACAAAAAUCUGAUCAAAAUCGAACCAGGCUGCAAUGUAACCCUUUAGGGCUUGUUUGCUUACCGUCAGUAUCCGUUCACUAAAAGUGCUUCUUUUUGCCUCUGACAGCCUCAGAUUGUUAUUAUAAGCGUCUGACUACAUUACGGAGAGAUUGAGAAGUUGCUGUUAUCAUGCCAAGCUUUCAUGUGUUACUGAUGCCAGGUCAACAUAGUAACUUUAGCUAAUAGGAUUAGCUUACCUCCACUCUGUCUGCAGCUCUUCGCUUUUGGAAAUGCAAAUUUCUUAAGAAAAAUGUGCUUUGGUAUAGGAUUUCUUCUCUUUGGCUAGCAGUAGAUAUCCCGGUCAAACUGGUCACUGCAGACCCGAUGGUUUGCAAGGCCCAGUGUAUGGACCGGAGUGUUAAAAACCAUUUGUAGCUGUAGCACAACUAGCCACAACUUCAGCCUGUCUAUUUCCAAAAGUAACAUCUACGAAAGCUGCGCAAAGUGUAGCUCGACAUUUCGUUGGUACAGUCCGGAAAUGCACAAUGAAAAUAUGAGAUAUGAGAUGACACAAAGCUACGCUGUCUGUACUAACAACAAAUUCCCCAGGAUUUUCUCUCUCCUCACUCGCGUUUUACACUAUACAUGUCCUCCGGCAAGUCACCUUGCAAUUUUUCAGAACGAGACUUCACCAUCUUUCUAAAAUAUAGUCAGACACUUAUAGUACCAACAUCUGAGCCAGUCUGUGGCAAAAACAACCACUUUUAGUAGACCGGAAAUUAAUGGUGCACAUUUGCCCUAUAGGAUUACAUUAUAGCCUGUUUCGCGGCUGCCGGUUACAGUUUUCUCGGUAAUUAAAGGUAAUUAUGCAAUGACUUUUGUCACCCUGCAUUGGUAUCAUGAAGAGGAGAUUUUAGAUGAACAACUCUUGCAUCUUUUAAUUCAGAAAAUGAAAAUGUUUAACUGUAUUUAUUGUUUGUUUUCAUACACUUGUUCUUUCGUACUUUUCCAGCUGUUUUAUUUUCUUCUCUCUACUCUUGUUUAUCAUUCAUAAGUGCCUUUGUUUAAACACCAUCAGCUCCCAAUACUUAAUAUCGUGAUAUAUUAGAAAUAUUGACCAAAGCUCUGUUGUAUUCACACUGUAAAACAUAUAAAGGCUUUACUCAGCAGC